AUCCUUAUAAGGCUAACUUCCGGUGCGUCACAAACAACAGCCCGGACAAAUAAAUCUAGUCAUCUGCUUCUCAUUUUGUCCUAUUCCAGCUGUCGCAUUAUGUCGGCUUUGGGGCUUUUCCUGGUGAUCUUAGCAGCGUCUUUCAGCCCAGGAGAAUGCAUGUUCAUCAAAGACCCUCUUGCAUUGAGGAAGCACCCAUCUCUGACAUCGUACACGUGUUCAGAAUGCCACCACAUCAUCCAGCUAUCUGCUAAUAUGAUUUCCAGCAAAGAUCAUAAGGAACAUGUGUAUGAAACCUUGCAUGCACUCUGCCUACACCUCCCAGACAAAGACGCGUCUGAAUGUGACUCUCAGAUGAAGAUGUACUUGCCCAAAAUGCUGCGACAAACACUUGGUCAAAAGGAAGUGAAAGCUACCUGUUCAGCCUUUAGGCUGUGUGCGACCAACAAGGAUGAGGAAGAGAAACUUUACCACGGUGGCACUGUGAAAGCCACACACACCAACACUCAUUCCAGUGAACAAUUUAACCCAGCUUGCACCCUGUGCUUGUUUAUCAUCAAGAAACUGGAGACUAUGUUGCCCCAGAAUAUGACAGAGGAUGCUUUAAUGAAGCUCAUGGGCGAGGUCUGCGAUCUCCUUCCUCAGAGCUACAAGGAUGAGUGUGAUGAAUUUGUUGACAAAUACGGCGUGCAGAUAGUAGAGUUUCUUCUUUCAUCGGCCGCUCCUCACACAAUAUGUACGCUCUUACACGUCUGUUGGUUCAAGGACUUGCCUGCUCCAGAGGUGCCCGUCCCCUUAGACUGUGAGUCGUGCCACACACUGGCUUUGCUGAGCCGACUUCAGCUGGGUCUCAAUGCCACGCAGCCUCAAACAUCCUCUUUCCUCCAAUCUGUGUGUGGGCAAUACCCAAAUGCCAUUCCAAAGUGCGAGGCUUUCACCAGAAUCUACGGCUCUCGACUACAGCAGGUUUUGGGAAACCAGGCAGAGUACGCAGACGUUUGUGAAAGAGCUGACCUGUGCAGCACAAAGAAGUCCGACCUGCUGGGAAGUAAUCCGUGCACUUGGGGGCCAAGCUUCUGGUGCAAAGACUCAGACACAGCUCAGAAGUGUGGUAACCUGGCUUUCUGUGAGAAGCACGUGUGGAAGAAGUGAAUCGCUAAAUCACCUAAAUAUGCAUACACACAAUGUUCUACUGUGACAUUGUCAUUUGUUUUUUGAACGAUGAGUUUCGUAUUUUGUUUCUUAAGAGACAGUUUGUUCUAAUUUUUUGAAUCUGCAGGAAAAAGUGCAUUCGUGAUUGCAACCACCAUGUUUUCAGCGUUCUUCAGUUGUAUGUAUACUGACUUAAUGAAACGUUUUUACAAAAGACCUACAAACAUUUAUUUGGUAAGAUGUACAAACUACAGGUAAGAGCAGGUUUAUUUAGAAACGUCAUAAUAAAAAUACAAACUGUGGGGAAAAAAAGAACAUGAUUCCAAAUUUUUUGUGUUUGUUACUAAGUAAAAUGUCCUGUCUUUAUCUUGUGAUGCUCCUUUCAACCCCUACGCACCUGUGUGGUUGUUUGUGUCCUUACCACUCUCCUGUCUCUUCCAAAUCUACAAAAGAUAAAAAUGUAAUAAUGUCAUCGAAGCUCUGAAGAUACCACUGGAGGGGGAUUCAUAUAUUUUUCUUAAUAUUCAGUCUCAAACAAAAAUAUCAAGCAUGUAAUAUUUUAAAAAGUU